AUGCGAAACCUCACGCUUAUCUCCUCAUGGGAGGUUCACAUUCCUGCUGGCGACCUCACCGCGACGACAUACGAUCUGGACGAAAAUAUCAUCUAUGUCUCAACUGAGUGCAGUAAUCCGGAUGGGGAGGUAGAGGUAGAACUGUGGAGGAUAGAGCAGUCGGAGAACAGAAACGUGCUUCCAACGAACCCACAAAAAGCUGCUUCGUUCAGAACGGUUGCUUCAUCGAAUGGACCGAGCGACGUGCAGACGAUAUCGCUGAGGGUUGUGGCAGAGACGAGGAAGAUUGCUUCCAUCAUGCGUGGAGGAGAUGUGAUUACGGUCUCGAUGGACGAAGAGGACGCGCCGUUUGAGGUUGAAGGAACUUUCGAAACGGGUAUCCUUGCAGCAUCGUGGAGUCCAGAUGAAUCUUCUGUGUCUAUCGUAACAGGCGAACACAAACUUAUCCUCCUAACUUCUAUGUUCGACGUCCUCUCAGAGUGUCCUCUCUAUGUCGACUCCUUCGGAGAAGACGCACCCAUAAAUGUCGGCUGGGGCUCCAAGCAAACCCAAUUCCACGGUUCCCUAGGAAAAGCUGCCGCGCAAGCACCCACCACCGUCAAAGCAAGCAUCAGCCCCGACGACGACCACCUCCCACGCAUCAGCUGGCGCGGCGACGGCGCCUUCUUCGUCGUGUCCUCCCUCUCCCCUGAAGGCAUCCCGGACUCGCAACCGCGUCGUACUCUAAGGGUGUACGAUCGUCAGGGCGUCCUCCAGAGCACGUCAGAGGAAGUCGCGGGUCUUGAGCAUACGCUUGUUUGGCGGCCUUCGGGAAACUUGAUUGUGGGCACGCAGAGGUUUGGGUUCGAGGGUGGAAGUGCCGGGAGAGAGGGAAGGCAUGAUGUGGUUUUCUUUGAGAGGAAUGGUCUGAGGCACGGGGAGUUUAGUUUGAAGGUUGAUCAGUUAAGUGUGAAGGGGAAGGAGCCAAAAGUUGGAUCGGAGAAGCGGUGGGGGUAUAAGGUCCGCGAGAUGGCUUGGAAUGCGGACUCGAAUGUUUUGGCGGUUUGGAUUGAAGGUGACGAUGGCGAUGUAGUUCAAUUCUGGACAACAGGUAACUAUCACUGGUACCUCAAGCACGAAAUCGCCGCCCCGUCCUCCUCCGAACCCGGACGGUUUACUUCCCUGAACUGGCAUCCUGAACUCGCUCUUCAUCUCAUCCUCACAACAUCCACGCAUACCUUGCAACGUGUCUACUCAUGGGACACUUUCGUCUCGCCUUCGAUGCCACCCAAUGAUUCAGGAGCUGUCGCUGUGUUCGAUGGAUCCAGCAUCCUCUUGACACCGUUCCGGUCGCAAAACGUCCCUCCGCCCAUGUCCUCCUUCCAACUUUCCGUUUCUCCUGAACCUUCUUCGUCCUGGUUCUGUCCAACCUCAACAACGCCAAUAUAUGCUGCAUUUGCUGCGGAAGACGACACUCUAGGCAUCCUAUGGGAGCAUGGAUACGUCGAGCUCUGGUCGCUACGCAUGAAACUCCUACCAGGGCCCGGAAAGAUUAUGGAGCCUUCCAAAACAUGGGCCGGAUCAAUUGGGGCAGAGACAGAUGUACGGUUCAGGCAGCUGGAUGUGAAGGCUGUUGGUUCGACGUAUGUCCUCACGGCCCUGGGUUUUAGACAGGAGAAGAGCCGCGACGUCCUCUCGACUGUCACCAUUUCUGAAGGUUCUGUCUAUCAGAGUAGCAGCAUUGAACUUCCGUACCGAAACUCGAGGCUUCUGACACCAUCAAUUUUGAAUACCUAUCAAGCACCCAGCGGCGAAAUUUACGACUACUCUGAAGAACAACAGAUCGCCACUCCAACAGCUCGUUUUCCAGAGUUUUGCGUCCGCGUCCACAAGAUCGAGGUGCCGACGCCCGACACCGAAUCGACCACAUCGCUGCCGCUUUACCUCGGCCUUGCGAAGUCAGGCAAGCUUUACGCCUCCCGCUCAGAUGACGAGACUCGGACCGCAUCGAACAACGCCACGUCCUUCGCCAUCGCGUCUAGCUUCGUCAUUUUCACGACGACGACACAUGAGGCGACAUUCGCGCCGAUUGUCUCUCUUCCUAAGCUAUUCGAGCAAGCUGAAGGGGCAACAAAGGAGGUCUCAGCCGACUGGCCGGUGCGGAAGGUCGAGAGAGGGUCGAGAAUCGUUGUGGCCGUUCCGAGCUCAAUGAGCUUGGUGCUGCAGAUGCCCAGAGGGAACCUGGAGACGAUCAACCCUCGUCCGUUGGUGAUGGAGGUGGUCAAGCAGGAUCUCGAUGCGGGUAACUAUCGGAAAGCCUUCUUCGCUUGCCGAAAGCACCGCAUAGACCUCAACGUCAUAGUCGAUCACAACCCAGAGAAGUUUGUAGUCGACAUCCCCUCGUUCGUCGACCAGAUACCGGAGGUAGACCAUCUGAAUCUGAUGUUGACGCUUAUCGGCCGAGGCACUCACCCGCAAGAGUUCAUUGCGAGCCUGUGCAACGCGUUCCGCGACGAGCUCGAGAAACGCGAUCUUACGAAAUACGUCAACUCGAUCCUGACCGCGCACGUCGUCAAGACACCCCCUGACCACGAGGCGGGGCUGGCGCUUCUUCUCCGCUUGCGGGAUUCCGACCCCGAUGUCGUCGAGGAAGCGGUCAAGUACAUCAUCUUCCUUGUAGACGCGGAUCGGCUGUUCGACACCGCGCUGGGGAUGUACGACUUUUCGCUCGUGAUCAUGAUUGCCCAGCAUGCGCAGAAGGAUCCUCGGGAGUACCUGCCCUUCCUCCGCGACUUACGGGCUCUGGGCAAGUAUUACCAACGGUUCCGGAUAGACGACCACCUGAAACGCCACGAAAGUGCUCUAAGAAAUCUGAGUCUUGCCGGACAUGAGCGUUUCGAAGAAGCUGUCGCGUACGUCGAACGCCAUCGGUUAUACGACGUUGCGUUGGGCAUAUGGAAAGGCAACGAGCAGUAUGAGGAGGUACUGAACUCAUACGGUGAUUACCUCUACGAGAGGAGAGAGUUCAGACAGGCGGCAUCAGUUUUCAUGGAGGCGAAGAGGAUCAAUAAGGCGAUGAUGGCACACGAGAAAGCACUCCAGUGGCAAGAGCUCUUUGAUCUCGCCGUGCUGGACGACGAUACGGAUGAAGACGACAUUGUCGCUAUGGGAUAUCGUGUCGCAGAGGAGCUGGCAUCGAAAAAGCGAUACGGUGAAGCAGCUCGGGUUCUGUUGGAUUACUCCAAGGACAUCCGGGAAGCUGUCAUCGCCCUGGUACAGGGCAACUUAUUCUCAGAAGCUCGGAGGAUAAUCAGGUUGAACGUGAUUCCAGAGCUGCUGGAGGAGGUGAUACAUCCUGCCUCGUUGGAAAGUCGUGCACAAAUCGCAGAGGACAUUGGCGAAAUGGGAGAACAGAUCCGGAAACAAGUUGGCCGGAUACGCGAGCUCCGUGUUAAGAAGGUCGAAGAGCCAGACGCCUUCUAUGGGCUUGAGGACAAUGCGGCCUUGCAUAAUGUCGACGUCAUGACCGAUGUAUCUAUGCCGGCGACGGCGUUUACUCGCUUCACUGUUGCGCCAACCACGGCGUCGCGAUCAUCACGACGUACCUCUCGAUCGAAACGGAAGAUGGAGAGGAAGGUGGGAUCAGGGCGAAAAGGCACGGUAGACGAAGAGGAGUACCUCCUGCGGUCUGUCAGCAAGUUGGUCGACAGGUUUAUCACCACGCAAGGCGAAGCGCGCAACCUGCUCCCACACCUGUUCCAAUUUACGGAGAAGCACCGCGAGGAAGGGUUGGCUUUGCAACGAGAAGUGGGAGAGUUUGAGAUCGAGUUGAAGGCUGCCGUCGAGGAGAUCUGGGUACGCCCUGAAGAGGAGUCCGAGGCCGCCGUGCCGGAGGGUUGGGCAGCGCGAAUAGCGGAGACUGAGAAAGCGAAGCUGGCGAAUCCAUUGGACAAGGUGCCCAAGCCUGACGCUGGGCAAGGAAAGGACUGGCGGAUGAAUCUGUACGAUAUGAAGUGA